AACCACAAAAACCCUAGCUAUAUAAACACAAACGACCACAUCUUCUUCCUUCUCCUCUUCAUUAUUUGAGCUUCCAAGGGUUUUCCGCACCAUCUUCUCAUUCACAAAAACCCUAACCCUAAUUCUCACUUUUCUCUCUCUUCCGUCGUCUCUGCAACCAUGUCGAGGAGAAAGACCAAAGAACCUAAGGAAGAGACUGUUACUCUUGGUCCUACUGUUAAAGAGGGAGAACACGUUUUUGGUGUUGCACACAUUUUUGCCUCUUUCAAUGAUACUUUUAUCCAUGUUACUGAUUUGUCUGGAAGAGAAACCCUUGUUCGUAUUACAGGUGGAAUGAAGGUGAAAGCUGACAGGGAUGAAUCUUCCCCUUAUGCUGCUAUGCUUGCAGCUCAAGAUGUUUCUCAACGAUGCAAGGAACUUGGAAUUACCGCUCUCCACAUUAAGCUCCGUGCUACUGGAGGAAACAAGACCAAGACUCCUGGACCUGGUGCUCAGUCUGCUUUGAGAGCCCUUGCUCGUUCAGGCAUGAAAAUUGGCCGUAUUGAGGACGUGACUCCCAUCCCAACAGACAGUACCCGCAGAAAGGGAGGAAGAAGGGGAAGGAGGCUGUGAAUUAUCUUGGUCAAAUACUGGUCCUAUUGUCUUGUUUCUAUGGCUUGAGUAGACUAGUUUGCUGUUAAAGCCUUUCCUUUUCAUUUUUGAAGUCGAACUUGUAGUUUCGAAUUGCCCUUAUGCAUUAUGGAGGUUUGUUUGAAAGAUGCAAUUUUGAAGAUGCUUGAGAUUAAAUACAAAUCUUUUAUAGUUUAAUGGAUCA